UAUUGUCGCUCAAGCCAAACGGUUUGUUUGUCAAGCAUACGAGUGUUACUACAAAUUGCGAGAGUACAAAUUGUUUUGAAAUAUUUUUACUCCAACAACAACUAAAAUAAAAAAAACAACAACAAAAAAGACAAAACGACUACUGCCAGCAGCAACAGAACAGAACAGCAGGAAUUAUUCUAAAGAGCAAUACAAAACAAAUAACAAUGACCACACAUCGACAAUCAAUACAUUCCAUACAUAAUAAGAAAUUUUGGACUGAAUUCUUUUAUUUGUACGAAUCAUUACCGGCCCUCUGGGACAUGAAUAAUCCACUGUAUAAAAAUCGUCAGGUAAAAUGUGAUGCGUACGAUAUAAUGGUCGAUAAAUUGUGUGAAAUUGAACCGAAUGCAGAUCGUGAAGAUGUUUUGCGUAAAAUUAACAUAUUUCGUACAAACUAUAGACGUGAAUGUUCACGCAUUAAUAUGAGUAUACAGGAGGGGCGACAUUAUCAGUCCACUUUAUGGUAUUUUGAUUUAUUAUGUUUUCUACAAACGGCCGAUACGAGACGAGAUAGAAAACGUAAAUUGGAUGAUGAUGGCGAAAAGAGUAUAAUGCGUAAACGACGCUCGAAUCAAUUGCAUAAAUCUUCGGAUCAAUUUAUAAUCACGACCAAAAAGGAACAUUUAAUUGAGUACCCCACACAUUCCAACACACACGACUUUGAGUAUGAUCUCGAAGAGGAGCCCGACUAUGACUAUGUUGCCGAUGAAUUAGCACAUGCUCUGGUAGAUGGUAAAAGUGAUACAAACUCAGAAAUACAAUCAAACUCCUUGGAGCCCCAUAAAUAUCAAGCUGUCGUCGAUGAGGAAAAUGAUGGCGAAGAAGAUGGUGAAUCACAGCAUGAGUAUCAUAACGACAAUCAGGAUGAAUAUCAAAAUUACACCCUACAACGAAACAUACAGACAAAUAAUCCCAAAAUACAGCUAACAGCUGACAAUGUGGCCCAAUUAACUGGCGAAAUAAUAAGUGCAGAAGCGUCUAUAGAAAUUAAUGAUGAAUCUCAGGAGCAACAGGUAUUUCAUGAAUAUACUGCUGCAAAUGCAGGCAAUGAAAAUGAAUCGAUACAAACUACUGGCCAAUGGUGUAUAAAGACCACAAACUCACAAAAUAUAGCCACUCUACAUCUACAAAAACCGGAAUUACAUAAUGAUACCAGCACCACUACCGCUAAUAACGCUACAAAACCUAAUGAAAUCAAAUUUGUAAGAGAUGUUAAAACAAUGACUUCUAGCAAUUCAUCCUCGUCUCUGAACUGUUGCCAUAAAAUUUCCGUAUCCUCUGAAAUCUUAGCCAAAUCAUGGGCAGUGCAAUAUGAUGAACUGACUCCGGAUCAAAAACUCUUAGCACGCAAAGCUAUAAACGAUAUUCUCUUUGAAGGAUGUAUGGGUCAUUUAGCUUUGGUUAGCAAUGGUCGUGUUACCAUAGAUGAAGAUGAUUAUAAAAAUGUUACGAACGUUCCUAAAAAUAUUGUUGUUGCUACAAAUAAAGAGGUUGAAAGCGGUGAAAUAUAUGAACAGUGCACAAACUUAGCAUCAUCGUCUUCGUCCGUUUCUGGUGUUGGUAUUGGGGCAGCAGUUACUGUGACGGCAAGUGUAGCCUCUACACCUAAAGUUCAUGCUACUGAUGAAUGGUUAAAAUUAUGAUUAUUUGGUAAAUCCAUGUCGUUAUGUUUUGGAACGUCGAAAGCUUAAAGACAGACCACGCAAAAUUCUCAAUCUGGAAGAACGUGUCCAGGCCAUACGCAUGUACGAUGAGAUACCCGUCUAUCAGCGCGUAGCCUCAGCCUUCAAAU